AUGUAAAGUAAUUAAAAUAUUCCUGAAAAUGCGAAUGAUCACUGUCCAGGAGCCAACUCUGAUUAGGCAGGAAAAAGUGAUGCUUGUGCUGGUUGCCCUAAUUAAUAGCUUUGCUAAUCAGGAGCAGGCAAAUAAUUAUUAGGUUUUAUAUUUCGCAUAUUCUUAGAUAAUUCUGAAAUCAUAGCAAAUUUAAAAUAAGUCAAACAUAAAAUAUUGGUCUUAUCUGGCAAAGGAGGAGUAGGCAAGAGCACUGUAUCCUCAUAAUUAGCUCAUAUUCUUGCAUCCAAAGGAUUUGAUGUAGGUUUAUUAGAUAUUGACAUCUGUGGACCCAGCAUUCCAAGAAUGAUGGGUUUGGAGAGCAGCGAAGUUCAUUCAAGUAAUAACGGUUGGUAACCAAUCUAUAUCAAUGAAAAUUUGGGAGUGAUGUCGAUAGGAUUCUUGAUUGAUAAUAAAGAUGAAGCUAUUAUUUGGAGAGGUCCUAGAAAGAAUGGACUAAUUAAACAAUUUUUAACUGAUGUGGCUUGGGGAGAAUUGGAUUUCUUAAUUAUUGAUAGUAAUUUUUAAGUUCAUCUUACUUAGCUCCUCCUGGGACAUCAGAUGAACAUAUUUCUAUUGUUCAAUACCUUAAUCUUACUCCAGAUGAUGGAGCAGUAAUAGUAACAACACCAUAAGAGGUUUCUUUGUCUGAUGUAAGAAAAGAGAUCAGUUUUUGUUAAAAGACAAAGACUAAUAUUCUUGGAGUGAUUGAGAAUAUGAGUGGCUUUGUUUGUCCUAAUUGUUAACAUCACACUGAUAUCUUUCUACCUACCACUGGAGGAGGGGAUUAAUUAUGCAAAUAGUAUUCUCUCUAACCUCUUGGGAAAAUACCACUCGAACCAAAAGUGCUAUUAUCAGCUGAAAAAGGUAAAUGCAUUUAUGAAACUGCUCCUGACUCGGUUGCUGCCUAAGUUUAUACAAACAUUGUUUAAUGUAUAAUUUAUUAUUAGCUUUAGCAUUAUUAGAAACAUUAAAUGAAUAGCCAAAAUAAUGAUUAUUAUU